CUCGUGAAGACUUGGCAUACGAUCAUCAUCAUCUGCAGCCUGCAGGAACAGGGAGCAAUACCUACAAGUAUAAGUGCUGCCUAUCCGCAGCCUGAACGCUUCAAUCCAUUCCUGUCCAUGCCACACGAUUCUCUUUCGGAGCAAAUAUCGAUUCAUCUGCGGAGUGAACAUCGGGCCCUUUUCAGCAGCAAAUAGCGGUUCCACCCAACUUUACUGUCCGUUAUCGUCACGAUCACUUCAGAUGGCAGUAGGCUCGCCCACCACCGGCGACGACGAUGUGCUGCUUCGAGCGGAUAACAACCGGCUUCGGGCCGAAAACCACCGGUUGAGCCUCGAGAACACGAGACUCGUCAGAGAGUCUUGGCUCGCGGCCGAGUGUGAGCGACUCACUGCGGAAAUCACAAGGCUUACCUCGGGGGGCACGAGGCCGGUUUUGCCGCCACCAACACCGCCCAUGCCGCCGCCGCCGGCUCCAACACCGGGUGUGUAUACCGGCAAAGGAAAGGUCGGGGUCAUCGAUGUUCGGCAGCUGGAGGCGUUGAGCGAGGAAGCGAAGGUCAGGUUGGAUACGCUGUUGCGGAACGGUCACGCUGCUGUUGCAGCGGUUUAUUGGGAUGCGCGGACCGGGGCCUGGAUAUCAUCGUUCCAGACUGUCUGUCGCGACAUUAUCUGUUCGUUGUCGGCUAUCGGUAUCGACCUCGUCGCGCCUACGUUUCGAGAUACUGAUUACGACGGACAUUUCCAUGAUUGGAUCGGUAGUUCUGCACCUGGGAGGAGUGCGAACGACAAGUUCAUGUCGUGUCUUGCGAUGAUGAGUACUAUCGGGCAGGACUGGAGGGGAAUCGGCAUAUUUGAGCGUGAGGUUGUCUUCACUUUGCGAGAGUUGAUUGUUUACCGUGGCAUCAAGGAUCUCAUUUAAUUUUUCGUUUCUGCCUUUCCUUUUCUGCCUUCUGUGGAUUGGACGAAAUGCCAAUGUUAUUAUGUCUUUCAUCGAAUGGAUUUUGUCCGAUCUAGUGACCG